AGUAUGUAGCCGUUUGGGCCCAAGCUCAUGGCUCGAGGCACAGUGUCGCCAGCGCUGCUUCCGACGCCAAGAGCGUCUGCGAAAGGGCCUGGGCGGCGAUGAGGGACGUGGGGGCUCUCAAUGAUAGCGACGCGGAGGCGCUGCUGGGCACCCAGGAGUCGGCCCCAGCUGGUCAGCACAGGAGGACCGAAACCACCCGCCAGGGCUGCUUGUGCACUCGCACGACCGCGCUUGGCGCAGCGGCGAUGGGGCUGAUAGCGGUGGCGGCGGCCGCGGCAUUGACGGGCGCUAAGCUCGGCAUGUUCUCCCAGUGGCCAUUGACGUCGCAAGCCACGGGGCAGCCCGAGAAGAGGACGAGAGCCCUCCGGCGGUGGUCGCCCAUCGUUCCUGCCGUGGACCGGAAGAUGUUGGUGGAUGCCAGGCCGCGUGUUUGCACCGCUGUCUCCAGGAAGGACAUCCUCGGCGACACGGUCGAAAGAAACGCCAGUGAGGACGCAGACAGUUGCCUCAAGCGCUGCCGCAAGAAUCCCGAUUGCGGCUGCUACGCGUUCGACCCGAGCCGCCACGGGUCUUGCUGGCUCAAGAGGAUCGGCCCCUGCAACGAGCUCUACACUGGGAGUGAGACCGACGGCAUGACUGCGGGGACCUGCCGCGAGAGCCGUCCGCGGGUGUGCACCAGCGUCUUUGGCAAGGACAUCAUGGCAGACGUGAUGGUCAGGGGCGGCAAAGAGCAGAAGUUCUACGGUGACGACGCCGUUGCGUGCCGCCAGCGUUGCGAGAAGACCGAUGGCUGCAACGGCUACGCGUUCGACCCCACCGAGACAAGAUUUGCUGGCUCAAGGGUGGUGCUUGCGACCAGUUCUACGAAUGGGGCGAGGCCGCCGACAUGAUCAGCGGAACCUGUCGUGAGCAGCGGCCCGUGUUCGAUUGGCCGACGAGCUCCCAGCCUGACGAUGACGAUGGGGGUAAGUUAGGGGAGGAUGUCCUCGACGAAGGCCAUGGGGCCACCCGCCGGAUCUGCUCAACCGUGACCGGAAAGGACAUCAUUGGCGCCGAAGCGGUUGAAGACGGCGCGGGUGGGGUGUAUCGGGAUUCCACGGCGAGUUCGUGCAGGAGCCGCUGCAGAAGCAUGCCGGCCUGCAAGUGCUAUUCGUUCGACCCAAGCCGCGACAACACGUGUUGGUUGAAGAAAGGCCCGUGCGACGGGGGCCACAUCGCAUGGCCAGAGACAGGCGACAUGGUGUCUGGGACUUGCCGGCUGGGGAGACCUCUCCUCGAUUGGCCACUGCGCGCCUCCAGCAGAGAGGCAGGCUUGUUGGAGAGGUUCCGAGUGGUCGCGGGCGCCGAGAACGACACGGUCGGCCUGCUCAGCCACCACGGCACCUACGUCACAGCCCAGAGCGAUGGUUCCGUCACCGUGGACGGCGACAGCAUGGGCGAAUGGGAGACGUUCGAGGAGGUGUGGCUCCCGAGCGGCCGCGUCGCCUUUAGGAGCUUCCACGGCGGCUUCCUCGCGCCCACCCAGGACGGCACGGUAACGGCAAGCGCGAAGGGGUCUGGCGACCAGGAGUCGUUCAGGGUUGAGGAGCACACGGACGACGAGAGCAUCUCGCUACAGACCGUGUGGGGCACUUUCCUGACGGCCGUUCGCCUGGGCGCGGCCGGGAAGGUGCGGCUCCGGGGCGACCGGGAGGCGGUAGGCAGCUGGGCCACUUUCAUCCUGCGUGCGAAGCAGCAAGAGGGCCGGACGCUACUCCUCGGUGACGGCUGGUUUGGCAGCACGGUGACGUUGCAGUCGUAUUUGGGCACCUACGUCGGGGUCGGUCUCGACGGGGAGGUCACGGUCAGCACUCAAGGAAGCGACGUAGGCCGUUGUGAAGAGUUCAAGCUGGUGGACGGAGGUGAGGACGGUAUCGCCCUGCAGACUUGCAAGGGCACGUUCCUGGGCGCCCGGCCAGACGGCGAUGUGGUCGCAGACGAGAUGGAGGCGGGUGAGUGGGAGCACUUCAACAUCGAGACCGUGGACAGCAAGAUCUUCUUCAGUGUGUUGGACUUGCCCGUGGCGAAGCUCGGAAACCUGACGGGGGAGAACCUGAGGCUGUCCAGGCUGGAUCCAGACUUGGUGCCUCGUAGAAUGCCCCAGCCAGUCGUCCUGAAGACGAUACAUGGUGGGUAUCUCUUCCCCCUGGAGCAGGCCAAGAGGGCUUCCGAUGAGAUGGUGCCCUCGAAUGACACGCGAUCAACUCAAGCGAUGAUCUUCACGCGCACUUGCGAAAACAGUGGGCUGUUGCCCAUUGCCGACCGGAGCGCUUGCGAGGCAGCCGCGACCAGCACCGGCUUAGUGAAGGUCGGGGCUGACGUCGACGUCAAGAUCGUCAAAGACAUCGGGGUCCCAGAGGGGUGUUAUGUGGAGAAUCGAACCCACUUCCGCCUCGGCACGAACCCCAGCAACCAGGGCAUGGGGGUGGUGCACGGAAAGGACGGCGCAGUCAUGCGCCCCCUUUGCGCUGGGGCUUGCCCGAAGUGCGCUAUGUCCGAGCCGACGGCGCCCGCACUCGUGAUCCCCUUCAACGAGCGCGACCUAUGCAAGAUGCGCCUCUUGGCCUCGUCGCUCACGAAGCAUGACCCCAACCAGCUGAUCAGCACAGUGCACCUCGUAUGGUACUCGAGUCAUCCCCCUACUAGUAACGAUUUCAUGAGGGACAUCGACUCAAUCCGCAACGCCGCCUCGGCAUCGCACACCGUGCGGUUCCACGACAUGUCGUGGAUGUUCGUGGAUGCCGUGUUGUCAAGUAUGCAUGUGCAGCAGAUUGUGAAGUUGAAGGCUGCCAGCUGGGUCGAGGAGGACUACUACGUCGUGCUCGGCGCCAAGGACGCGUUCAUCCGUGAUGUGCAGCCAGACACAUUCUUGACGCCCUGCUACCAGGGCAGAGUGUUCUCGGACACUGACUUUGACGACCUGAGCGCAGACGCGCAGAAGUCGUAUCAUGCAUCGGCCACAGUCCUCGGCGUCGACGUCCCUCCAGGCCGCAAGUGGUCUGCCUCGAUCAACCCUGUGGUGAUGCACACAGAGACGGUGAUCGACAUGCUGAACUACCUACAUGAGGACCCGAGCCCGCUGUCCCUGUGCAGCGGCACGCUGUGUGGGCACCUCAAGGGCGGCGCCACCGAGUUCACCCUGUACUACCUGUACGCUGCCACCAAGACAGACGAGAAGUGCAUCCACCAGGACUCGUCGCAUAGCCCAGCGGUCUCAAUGCUGCGGGACACGGUCGAGUUGAAUGACGGGAAGGUGAAUGCGGCUGUCAGCGACGCCGAGGUCAUUCUCUUCGGCGCCCAGUCUGGGGCGCUGUCGGGUAUGGCUAGCGAUGUGAGCCAGAGGAUCUCGAGCCACCUACAGGACAUUUUCGAGGGAGCUGGCGUCCACGACCCCUCGGCUCACAGCGCAGACGCCAUGGCAGCAUGCGUGGUAGGCGGCUGAUCGGCACGUGCGCCCUCGUAGAUCUUGGGUGCAUUGAUUGGUUGUGCAGUUGGGCAGGAGCACGUCGACCUCCCAGACUCGGCGAUUGGUCUGCGUGCCUGUGUUCUGUCGCGUGCGGUUGGCCGGCCGAGACAGCCCCGCAGGGGCAUCUUGGCGCUGACCGCCAGCAAGCCGAUUGCAUGAAUGCCUCGUGGCGCCGCGGUUGUGCCUGCACUGCGCGGACGCCCUCUGCGCCAACGAUGCGCGGAGGCGGCCGGGAGGGGCGGCGCACACCAGCCUC